GGUAUUUCUCAUGUUAAGUUAAGAUAACAUUGAAUAAACUGACUCAAGAGUACAAAAUAAAUAUAUUUCAUAUUGAUACGCAUCGACGACGAUCAAUUUAUAAUUACGGAAAAUAUGUUCAUUGAAAAGAUUCAUCCGCCGGAUGCGCUGCAAAAAAUGAGACUUUUGGACGACAAGAUAAUCUAUUUACUGAAUACCACUAUACCUACGGAGUCAUUUAAGGGUCAAGCUGACCCUACAGUCAAAUGUAAAGAUCUGUUUCAACAAAUACAGUCCGGUCAUUCCCAAAGGGAAAUAGCGAUAAAAAAAUGCCUAAAUGCUGCCAGAGAGAGAUUGCACAAGUUAAAAACUCAGAAAGACAUGGGACAAGAGGAUCCUCUAUUAAUAAAAAAUUUAAGGAAAGAGCAGAAUAGAUUACGCUUACUUCAAUCGGAAUUAAGCGUCGAAGAAAUAGUGAAAAAUCGAACAACGCAGGUGUAUUAUGAAAGAUGUCGUAGAUUUUAUAAGCCAAACAUGGACGUGUAAAUAUAUAACAAACGUUCCAGAUGGAUAGAUAUUUUCGAAUUACUUUAUAGAAAACAUUUUGAUUAUUAUUCUGAUAACUACUAACAGUCUUUUAAUUAGGCUGUAAAUUUUCAUAAGUGUGUACAAUUGAAUUGAUGAUGCACAACAGCACUGGGAUACAGAAUGUGAAUUAACAUAAAUAAAGUUUUUCACCUAUUUUAAAACACCUUUUAUUUUUAUAGGCAACAUGGUCGUUUAACAAUAUUUUCAAAUUAAAUCUAGUCAUCGAUAUCACGUGGUUUUUUAAUAUAUUCUUAUACAUACCACUAGUGCUAACAACAAUACAGUUG